AUGUCUUUCUUCAAGCGCAGAGAGAAGCCUGCGAUCCCUCCAGUUCCGUCUGAGCAAGAUACCCGUGGUUCUUCCUCCACUCCCCCAUCCUAUCGCUCGAGUGCCAGCACAUACGUUGCCAGUCGCGAUGGAGACCCUUACAGCAAGCCAUAUGUUCCACCGACCCCAUCGCCUGGCUCCAGUGACAGGUACGCACGACAGAACGCUGUCGGCGAUGUUUACAGUCGCGGCCAGGGCAAUGUCGAUAAAGAUCGGAGCGAGCUCUUCGCUGGACUGAACCGGGAGAAGGCAGGUUCAGGCAGGUUCUUCAAUGAUGGCCCCACUUCCGCGAAUGAGAAUGGGAUGGGUAGCGAUCCUGCUACGGGUGAGGAGAACGAGGAGGACGUCGAGGGAAUCAAGCAACAGCUGCGCUUCACUAAACAGGAGAGUUUGGCAUCUACUCGCAAUGCUCUCCGCCUUGCUCGAGAAGCUGAGGAGACAGCGCGCGGCACAGUGUCUAAGAUGGGCACCCAGUCAGAGAAACUCGCCGAUACCGAGCGCCACUUAGAUGUCUCAAAGGGGUACUCUCAGCGCGCAGAGGACAAGACCGAUGAGCUGAAGCAGCUCAACCGGUCCAUCUUCCGUCCCGUCAUCACAUGGAACAAAGACGCCAAACGUGCUGCGGAAGGGGCUAGAAUUCAGCAACGUUAUGACGAAGAACGCGAAGAGCGAGAGAAGGGUAUGAUGGAUAUCCGACAGACGCAGGACCGGCUGGGCCGGGCAGCUACCUACGGUCGUCCAAACGAGGAGGGGAACGGUCGGGUCAGGACUGCUUCUGAGCAGAAUGUGAGGAAGGAACAGAGGAAGCGUUAUCAGUUCGAGGCUAAUGCGUCUGACGACGAGCUCGAGGACGAGCUAGAUGACAAUUUGGGGGAGAUCUCAGAUGUUACGAAGAAGCUGAAAGCUCUUGGAACUGCCAUGGGACAGGAGCUCGACAGCCAGAAUGAAAGGAUUACUAGAAUCACGGGCAAGACGGAGAAUCUGGACAACAGGCUCUUCAGGAAUACCGAACGACUCAACAGGAUCAAGUAG